AUGGCUCUUGUCGUCUUCAUAUGGCCUUCUGUCUUAGACGACAGGCCUUUAAAAUUGGAAGACCAGAUGGAAAAUCCCGAAUAUUUGGAAUAUCUCUACUAUACCCAGUAUUGGGACGCAUUCAUUUUCUGGGCCAACAGAACAUGGACUCUUCACGAGGGGCCAAAGUUCUCCCUGGCAACGCUCAGGAACAGUAUUGCGGCCGAGGGACUUCUGGAGACCGGCACCAGGUCCAAACGAACUUACUGCAACGACGUCGGCCUCCCAGAAUUGCGGAUGCUGAUCGAUCACGAUAUCCUCCACACGGGAUCUCGAGAAGUGGCCGAGGUCCACCAUAUUGCUUGGGCUUUGGGCCGCAUAUGUGCUCUUCAAUCAGGCAGCAUCGGCUGGUCCGGUAUGCACGACAACGGCAUGUUCUUAAAUAGGAAGGGCGUUCCCAUCUCCCGUGGAGAGAGCCUCGGGGAUGUUCGAGAGGCCCGGACAGUGGAACGAUACUACAUCGAUCCGAUACGGACACUGGACGUUUCGGCCAUCGCCCUAGGCGAAGAGGAGAACCAAGACCGCAUUGCAACGAGGGAGGCCGAGCUAGCGCUUAACGUCUUGCGUAAUGAUGAAGCCAGCGCACCGACCCCAGCGGAGCUUCGAAACUAUAAGCGGCGGAUAAGAUGGGCCGCGGUCCAUAGUCUGUUCAACGAAGCUCCUCGAAGACAGGUCGAGGACAUGAACGUGGACGAUGAGCAAAAAACGAAUUAA